AUGGUGCUCCAACAAGACCCUGCGCUAGUGGCGCCACAAUCAUCCUUGUCCUUCACGCAGGGCUUCCUCCUAGGACAGCUUUCUGUUGUAUUACUUAUUGGCGCGUUUAUCAAGUUCUUCAUCUUUGGUGAAGCUCCGCCACCUCCUUCGCGUGGCUUAUCCAACCGCACAUCCCACCGCCGGUACAGCUCGGUCUACAACCCGCCACAAGAUCAGAAGACGCUUCGAGAAAAACCCUCAAAUUCGAAUGUACUUCGCCCAGUACCUGCUUCCUCCACCAAUACCCGCUCUAUUCUUCGAAAGACCUACUACAGCGCCAUUCCUACCAACCCAUCCAAACAUGGCCGGCAUCGAAUGCACCACUCGUCCCACCAACCGGAGUCGCUGGAUUGGUUCAAUGUCUUGAUUGCACAAACCAUUGCGCAGUACAGGCAAACUGCCUAUGUGCUGAAGGACUCGCCCACAUCCUCAAUCCUGAGCUCCCUGAACGCCUCUAUGAACAACCCCGAGAAGAAGCCAUCCUUCAUUGACAAAAUUACAGUCACGGAUAUCUCAUUAGGGGAGGAAUUCCCCAUCUUCAGCAAUUGUCGUAUCAUCGCCGUGGACGAUCCUAAUUCCGACGGUGGCAGGCUACAAGCUUUGUUGGAUGUUGACCUCAGCGACGACAACCUCUCAAUUGCCGUAGAAACCUCCAUGGUACUCAAUUAUCCCAAGCCUCGCUCCGCCAUUCUACCGGUUGCGCUAUCGGUCUCAGUUGUACGUUUUUCAGGGACGCUAUGCAUUUCCUUGAUUCCGGCAUCGACAGAGGAUCCACUCGAUACGCCUGCCAAAACACCCGAACCACCCACGACCGAUCCCAAUGCCCCUGGAUCUCCCCAGGGGGCCUCUUCCAAGGAUCAGAAUCCACCUAAAAGCAGUCCUAAGAGCAAUGUCGCGUUCUCAUUCCUUCCAGAUUACCGUCUCGAUCUUUCGGUGCGCUCCUUAAUCGGUUCGCGGAGCCGUCUCCAGGAUGUGCCGAAAAUUGCUCAAUUGGUCGAAGCCCGAGUUCAUGCUUGGUUUGAAGAACGUGUUGUUGAGCCCCGUGUGCAAGUCGUUGGACUCCCAGAUCUAUGGCCCCGUAUGGGCAGGACUGGUGUAAGAACUGGUGAAGACUCCGAUGCCGGGUCUACCGCCCCCCCGCGGAGUGCUGGCUCUACCGAGGUUGGAUCGGGACCAUAUCCGUUCGCCGAUGGCAGAGAGCCAGAAGGACUGCGGUUCCGUGGGCCUUUGCCUUUGGAUCCUCGUUUAGGACUCGGGGCAGGUUCGCGCAGCAGCAGUUUCAAUGUGGAUAUGGGGAGUUUACGGAGCCCGAGUAUGACCCGGCAGGAUAGUACUGGCGGUGCAAGUGAUCAGUUCUCUAUGCCUGGUGGUAUGCCGACUGGGGUAUCCACGCCCAGAGACUCAUAG